AUGAUGGGCGGCAACAUGAUGGGCAACCCCAUGAUGCAGAGCCACAUGAUGCAGCGAGACCCACGCCUGCCCCGCAACGCACGCCCCGGCGACUGGAUGUGCAACUCGUGCAACAACCACAACUAUGCCGACAAGAUGGCGUGCAACCGCUGCAAGCUGCCGAAGGCCAUCGCCAUCGCUCUCAGCAGCAGCACGGCGAUGCAGAGCGCGCUCAUGGCGCACCUCUCGGGCGGGGGCAUGCAGGCGGCAGAGGCGCUGCUCGGCGCCGUGGAGCGAGGCGCGGCCACGAACGGCGUCCAGGGCGCGCAGGCUGCGCUCGGCGUCCACCCGCAGACGACGCACGAGGAGCUCGUCGCCGAGGCGUGCGGCACACCCGACGACCCUAGAUUAUCGUCCUUAUGA